GAUGAACUGAGUGCCAUUGGGAUCAUUCCGUGCACUGGCGGAGGACUUGGGAACUCGAAACAGUUCUGAUAGCGAGGGAGGAACGAUGGUGGGUCUGCUACUGCUGGCCCUCCUAUGUGGAGGGGUCUCCGCAGGCUCUCACUCUCUCCGUCAUUUCUACACGGCGGUGACCCCGGGGUCGGGGGUCCCUGAGUUCAUGGCAGUCGGGUAUGUGGACGAGGAGCAGAUCAUUUACUACGACAGUGUGUUGGGACAGACGGUUCCCCGUCAGCAGUGGAUGGCGGAGAGUCAGGGACCUGACUACUGGGAACGGGAGACACAGAUCUCUCGGAGCCACGAGCAGUGGGCCCAGGCCAAAACCCAGACCUUAAUGAUGCGGACCAACCAGACGGGUGGGAUCCACUUUCUCCAGAGGAUCUACGGCUGUGAGCUCCGUGACGAUGGGACCACCACCGGGUUCAAUUGGUACGGCUGGGACGGGUCAGACUUCAUCUCCUUCGACAAGGACCGGAUGGUGUGGGUGACCCCUGUGCCCUGGGGUGUCAUCACUAAGGACAAGUGGGACCGGAACACGGCCAUGAACCAGGAUUUGAAGGGAUACCUGGAGCAGGAGUGCAUCGAAUGGGUGAAGAGAUACGUCAGGGCCGGGGAGAGUCACCUGCAACCCAAUCCCCCCGAAGUCUCGUUCACCGCCUCCAAGGACAACCGCCUCCUCUCCUGUGUGGCCACUGGCUUCUACCCUCAGACCAUCGACGUGACUAUUCUGUGGAAUGGCCGGACUCUGGAGGAGACCCAUUCCCACGGGAUCCUGCCCAAUCACGACCACACCUACCAGCUGACCAGGACGGUGCAGGUGGAGCCCACGGACACUGCAGAGUUCUCCUGUCAGGUGGAACACCGGGGUCUCCCCGAGCCCCUCGUCCUGUUGUUCGCAGGGAACAAAGGCUACAAUCCCACCAAAAGCUCUCACUCUCUCCGUCAUUUCUACACGGCGGUGACCCCGGGUUCGGGGGUCCCUGAGUUCACGGCCGUCAGGUAUGUGGAUGAUUUGUUGAUCAGUUACUAUGACAGUGUGUUGGGACGGACGGUUCCCCGUCAGCAGUGGAUGGCGGAGAGUCAAGGACCUGACUACUGGGAACGGGAGACACAGAUCUCUCGGAGCCACGAGCAGUGGGCCCAGGCCAAAAUCCAGACCUUAAUGAUGCGGACCAACCAGACGGGUGGGAUCCACUUUCUCCAGAGGAUCUACGGCUGUGAACUCCGUGACGACGGGACCACCACCGGGUUCAAUUGGUACGGCUGGGACGGGUCAGACUUCAUCUCCUUCGACAAGGACCGGAUGGUGUGGGUGACCCCUGUGCCCUGGGGUGUCAUCACUAAGGACAAGUGGGACCGGAACACGGCCAUGAACCAGGAUUUGAAGGGAUACCUGGAGCAGGAGUGCAUCGAAUGGGUGAAGAGAUACGUCAGGGCCGGGGAGAGUCACCUGCAACCCAAUCCCCCCGAAGUCUCGUUCACCGCCUCCAAGGAUGGCAGCCUCCUCUCCUGUGUGGCCACUGGUUUCUACCCUCAGUCCAUCGACGUGACUAUUCUGCGGAAUGGCCGGUUCAUGGAGGAGACCCAUUCCCACGGGAUCCUGCCCAAUCACGACAACACCUACCAGCUGACCAGGACGGUGCAGGUGGAGCCCACGGACACUGCAGAGUUCUCCUGUCGGGUGGAACACCGGGGUCUCCCCGAGCCCCUCGUCCUGUUGUUCGCUUCUGACAAAGGAGAAUCCUCCUCCAACUCCUCUGCCCUGGCCUGAGAAAAUCCAAUUCACAACAAGAUGUUGAUGAAGAGAUCUCGGGGAACAGAGUAUAAUCCUGGGGUGCUGGGUGAUUAACGAGUUAACCUUUGAUUUGGGUUUUGAUCUUCGUGCUUGGAGAUGCUGAUAAUUUGCUGAUUCACUGCGGGAGCCGGACUGUAAUGUUGCUUUGCAAAGGAAGCUGAAUCACUUUAGCGUGUGUGGGAUGAAGGGAAGGGGCUUAGUGGGGAACAGCUCUGACCCACAGCUCAGCCCUGGUCGGCAUCUGAGGACUCACAGUUGGUGAAUAGAUUUGCUCAUUCAGUCAAUUUGACUGUUGACCGAGAGUGGCUUCUGGCCCGUGUGGGAUGGGAGGGGAGUGGGUGGCAGGUGCUGGAGUUAAGUUGUCACUUUAACCCAUGGGCUGUGGGGGUGACCACAGGGAGAUCUGGAAA